UCAGGAAAAGUCAUCUUGCUUUGCUCUUGCAGUAGACCAACUUGAAACAGUCAAAAAUGAAGAUUCUCAAUAUUGCACUUGCAGUGGCCAUUAUGUUGGUCUUUAUUUGUCUUCAGGAGAACUCAGGCAUCCCAGUCAGUGUAACACAAGAACUGGAGGUGAUGACCAACGAGAAAUUUGAGGAGUCCUGGAAGAUGUCGUAUACCAACAGACACAAGCGUAGCGUCAAGUGUCGCUUCUGCUGUGGCUGCUGCAAACGCGGAGUCUGUGAAGUUUGCUGCAGGUUCUGAGCAGCUCUGCACCAACCAACAUGAAAUGAGAAUACAGGCUUUAUUUUGGCUCAAUUUAAAAGAAAUAGAUUUUGUUGCAUUAUUCACAUAAGAUGGUAAAUAUAUGUAAUUGUACAAUCAAUAAAUAACUACUUUAAUUUUA